AUGAGUCCAUCGAUGGGCUGGAAACCCUCCAGUAGGAUGCCCACCCCCCAGUACAUAACGACCCGGAUGAAGAAAACGCAGAUACGGAACAGAGACCAAAAGAGUGACCUAAAGAGUGACGUAAAGAUUGACCAAAAGCGUGUGAAACCGCCCCUGCGGAGCAUAAAAGUACAAAUGAUUUUAGCGCCCAAAGGAUCCAUGCACGAGAAGAAGACAAAAGAGAUUUUGGAAGAUCCACUGAAAAACUACCCAUGGGAAAUAAGCAUUCCCUUUCACGAAACGAUUACAAAAGAACUCAGUCCAUAUUAUAAUUUCCUAAAAUGUGAGUGGGCAUAUGUUGACCACAAAAAGGACGUAAGGAGACCAUGCGGGAAAAUCGAAGGAGGGAUAGACAAUUAUGAUGGAAAAGGAUUAAAACUGGAAAAAGGUAUAGACAGACCAAGGUAUAAUAAAAUACCAUACUAUGAUGACCAUGGAGUUGAGUGGAGAAAUAUAAACCAAGACGAACUAAUCCGAUUUGACUUCCUUCCUGAUGGUAAUCAAGAUCAAACUUUCCUUGAGACAGAAGAAGAUUUAGAACAUCGACAAUGGGGGAAUUGGAACUACAACGCGUCCAAAGAGACGACACAAUUAAACACCGCUUGGAGAGAUCCUGUGUUGUCUAGAAGUUUGACAAAUUUAAUUUACCCAUGGAAUCAUAAGGCAGAUGAGAAUCAUAUUAUUCCCUAUGGCUAUAGUACUCCCGCUUUGUUCAUACCUGAACCCAAGAUCGAAUGGGAACUCGCGGCCAGGGGAUUCUUCGCAGGGUAUUAUGAAGAUCCCAAUUGGUCACGCAUAAAAUAUUAUAAGCAGACGAAAAAACUAAUUUUGCAGUGGCAUGAUGAAAGUAAGAAAGCAGAUAGUGAGAAGGACAUCCGAGUGAUAGACAAAAUCAAAAUGGAACUUUUUGGAUUAUCCUCUAAAAGGAGGUACCCCUCCAAACAGAUCAAACUGAUUAAUGAACAUGCAUUGUUAAGAGCCAAAGAAAUUGUUCUCGAUCAUCUAUUAAAUCCGAGUGCGGAUCCAGAUUACAUUACUUACUUCCUCGAUAGACAUGAACCCAUAGAUUACAUCGGCGGGGGGAACCAUAACUGUCCCGAGGAAGAAAUUAAAGACAAAACGGUAGUACUUAACAUGUGUGUUUACCCCGUCAAACAGAGACAUGAAACGUACUCAACUAAUAUGUCCAUCUCUGAAAUGGCUGAAAUGUACCAUUACUACAUGACGGAAAUAAGAGGAGAAGGUAGGUCACAUCAGUCAAGUGAAGAUCCUGUACACGAUAAGUACCAAUGCUACGAGUUGCAAAAACAGAGGGACCAAUUCCCUGCUCUGAUAUCCCUAUAUAAGCCUCUCUGGACCAAUAAAAAAUUCGGAGAGGAAUUUGGGGAUGCUCUCCAGGAGGGCCAAAAGAUACGCAUCGACCAACUGCGCACCUUUAACAGAAAACUCAGAGUUAAAAGGAGGACCAAACUGACCCCAGAACAGAGGGAUGCCUACAACUACGUUGAUGACUACAGCCAUGUGGACGACCAGUACGAGUUUUAG